AUGUUCCCAUUCUCCAGCCAUGGCAGUGCUGCAGAAAGCGAGACCAGCGCUGACUCUAGCGACGUGAGCUCCGUGAGCGAUGAUGAGGCAUUGGUGCUGGAAGAAGUGGACGUGGACGGCUCUGCGGGCCAGAAUGCGCUGGCGAUACCAGAAGCAACCGCUCACUUUGACGUCAGUGGCGCUGAUGUGAAGCCAGGCAACCCUCCCAAGUGGAGAGAUCUGACCAGGAUCCUGCUGCCAGGCGAUGUUGUGAACAUUUUGGGUGGCAAUGUUUGGGGCCAUUGUGGCCUCGUGACGAAGGCGAUUGAGGUCUACCAGUUUCCUGUUCUGUUUGCCAAAGUCCCAGCGAACGGAAAGGACCAGGGGGGCCCGAUCUCCGUGGUGGAGCUUGACUUUCGAGUGGACGUUUUCAUAUUUGAAGUGCUGCAAAGUGCAUCGAAUAUGCCGACGAUCUUUCUCUCCCAGAUCGGGGUCGUUGUUCAUCCGAACACCAGGGACGUCUGCAUGGUCCGCAGAGUGCGUGGAGGGGUUUUGUUGAGAAACAGUCAUUCCGGCGAGCCCUUGAUUGUGCAGAUCUUGCUCUCGCCCUUUAACGAGGUGACGCUGGAGAGGUCGCUGCUGGCCCAGUCAAUCUCCGAAGUCAUGUCAGCUCCCGAGACGCGCUGGAGCCCAACGACCGCAGUGCGGGCUUUUUUCCGUCACGCGCAUCUGAAGCCGUCGAGGUACGGCAGGAGAAACCGUCGCCGGCGACUCGCUGCUCAGUUGCAGCACGGCUGGCUGGUUCGACCUGUCUGCUCGACGGUCCCACCGCGAGUCUGGCAAAAGUAUUUGCACAAGCGGAGCCAACUCCCCAGGAAGCCUCUGCCUUCUCACAACGAUGAGGGUGCAGAGGUAGCCCGAGGUAUGCGUUCCGGAUCUCACAUGCUCUACUGUGGUCGCGACUGUGCGGUGGAAGAGGAGGAGUCCUUCUGCUGCCCUAGCUGGAACACACCAACACGGCAGUGCGGACCGCUCAAAGGCCGUCAGUGCCCCUCUUGCCUUCGCAGCCAAUGGGCGCUGCCCUCGGACGACGCGGAUCCAGAGGUGGCCUUUGCCGAGGACGUCCUGCGGAUGGUUCCGGUGAAGGAUGACCGCGUUCUGCCGGAAGAGCUCGUCACCAACCUCCUAGCGACAGGCGUGUGGACGCAGGUCAACCUGGACGAUCCGUUGCCUUUCCAUCGACAGUCGGCGAGUGCUGGAGAUCAAGUGCGACAACUCCGAUUAGCGACGAUAUAG